UUGCGGUUACUUGGAACACGACCAGUACAAAGACUCCACAUCCGAUGUUUGCAGAAGUCGGUUGAGUGUUUGUCCGAAAGAAAGGAAAAAAGGAACCCCAAGGGUUUUUCUUCAUGAGCGAAGAGGCUCUUUCUUUUAAAAAGCUGAUUAUUCUUAUGCAUGGUGGUGGUGCAGUACCUGCUGGCCAGUGGGCAAAAAGUGUAAUCCUCAAUGAAAAUCUUGAAAGCGGGACGAUGGUGCCAUAUAUAGAGACAGCACUCAAGGUAAAGUACUCUUUUCUACUUUCGUUUUUUCUUUCCAGUAAAAUAACCAUGUCGUUCUAAAUAGGUUUCGUUGUAAAUACGUUUCUCCGACUUUCUGAAUUCUGUGUUA